UCCUUCACUGAGCACAAUAUUUCAUCGCCGUUUUGGAUUUUUAAUGUUUAUUUCAAAUUAUUUUUGUUUGAAAUCGCUAAGGAAAACAACGUACAACUGUUUUUGAAAAGAAACAAUCCGCCUGCGGUUGUCGCCAUGGCGUUGAGCGGCAGGCGGCAACACCAGCAGGUGGGCGGUGCCCAGAGCCACGCCCCCUCUUCCCAGCGUCCUUUGCUGCGCUCCGGCCGGACGUCUCCGGGCGUACACAGACGCAGGAGCGCUGCGGACACACACACACACCAGAAGGUCUCGGCGACGCACACACAUAAACACAGGAGCAGCAGCAGCAGCAGCAGCAGCCGUCGCCACCACCACCACAGGCACGGUGUGGAGAGUGAGCGGCGUCUGGCGUCCUCUUCUGGCAUGACGGCCAAGGAGCUCAGUAACCACGACGACCUGGUCACCAGCCUCAUAGUGGACCCUUACCUGGGCUUCACCACACACAAGAUGAACAGCAGGUUCCGGCCAAUCAAGAGUGGUCAUGAGGAUUUGAAGGAGGUGCUUGAGCGGUUCAAGAGGCAUGGUGACGUGGAGAAGGCCUACAAAGCCCUCAUGGCCACCGACAUCACAUACACACACACACGCCAACGCAGCAAGACACAGGAGAAACUCUUUAAACAGCACGUGUUUGUUUACCUGCGCAUGUUUGCCAGCAGCAGCGGCUUCGAGAUCCUCCCCUGUAGUCGCUACUCAUCAGAGAACAACGGAGCCAAGAUCGUGGCCACCAAGGAAUGGAGGUGUGAUGACAAGAUAGAGCACCUGGUAGGGUGUAUCGCUAAGAUGACGGCUGCUGAGGAGGAGAGUCUCCUGCGGCACGGGGAGAACGACUUCAGCGUCAUGUACUCCACACGCAAGAACUGCGCUCAGCUGUGGCUCGGACCCGCAGCCUUCAUAAACCACGACUGCCGUCCAAACUGUAAGUUCGUGUCGACGGGUAAGGACACGGCGUGUGUGAAGGUUCUGCGGGACAUCGAGCCGGGCGAGGAGAUCUCCUGUUACUAUGGCGACGGCUUUUUCGGGGACAACAACGAGUUUUGCGAAUGCCACACCUGCGAAAGGAGGGGUACGGGUGCGUUCCGGUCUGAGUCUGGGUCUGGGCUGGCUGUGUCGUCUCCGGUGGCGAGCGGCUCCUACGCCCUGAGGGAGACCAACCUGCGGCUGAACCGCCUGAAGAGGAGGAGAGGGGAGAAGAAGAACACACACUCACACACACGCUCCGCAGACACACACUCACUCAGCUCACACACCGACACAGACGCAGAGGCCGAGACGUUCAGCGGGAGGUGGUUUGAAGAUCAGAGAGGUUGUAGGUUUGAAGCCCGCCCUUGCCUACUCCUACACCUCCAUCUAUGCAGUUCCACUAAAGCAUUUCCCCGACGCCAAGCUGGGCCGAACACGCAGCUCAAGAAGAACCCACAGCCAGAACUCUCUGGCCCGGCACAACCCAACUAG